AUGGAUUAUCAAGGCAGAUACAAGUUACCAGAUGAGUUCAGUACAGUACCUUUUAUAUGUUUGUCUCGGCCUUGGCAGUGUAAUGCACAAGAAGGAAUGGAAGGAAAUCCUUCGUAUGGCACCAUAAAAAAUGUUUCAAGAGCAAUGGCCGCACUAUCAAUCCCAUUUAUUGCAAGUUUCCCAAAGGUACUUGCUCUGCAAAUUUUAUCUAUUUUCAUUUCUAAAGAUGCCAGUUGCCAGGCCAAGCUUUUGGGUAACAAUAUUUUCUCUUUAAGUUAUAACACUGUCCGUUACCUUGUUUUAUCAGUAAUUAAAAGGCCUCAAGUGAAGAAACUCCUCGGUGUACCUAUAAUACCCCCGGCACCUCCACGCGCUGAUCAAAGUUCAGGCCUCCCGUUUUUUGAAGCGGUUAAGAAGCUUGCAGCGGCUAAAGAGUACGAAGCGAAACAAGCAGCUGUGGAAGCAACCAAAACUGCGAGCCAACAGAUACAGCCAACCGCGCUUCUCAGUCAGAAGGUCAGAAGCUUAGAGAAAGAAGUGAAAGGAAGGAAGAAAGGAAAGAAGAGGCGAUAA